UUACUGAUGGCGCUUCUUGAAAUAUAUCGUUGUCCAGUGUUGAGAGAGAUACACUUUCCGUUUUUUCACAUUGGGACAGCAUUCCAGCUAAUCAUAACUAUAACUUCUCUUAUAGUUCCUUUCUUUAUAUGCUAUCGUUCAGGUGGAUUUUGGUUACGGGAUUCAAUUUAUAUUGAACAACCUCAAAUACGUUUUUUAAAACAACUCUAUAUUGAAUUGAAAGGAUCACAUCAAACCAUUUAUGCAUGGAGUACAUAUACAGAUUUAAAUAAUCAACUAUCUUCAAAUCUUAUUAUUCCACAUAUGUCUAUUCAACAAUUAGAUGAUGAUUAUGAUGGAAUAUAUGAUAAAUUAAAAUUGAAAUUUCAAAUUCCUAUUGAAGAUAAAAUAAACAGCUUAUAUAUAUUAUUACUAUUCAGUUAUCAAUUGAAUGAACGUGUGAAUUUAAUAAUGCAAACUCCAUUAAUGAUUCAAUUUGAUAUGCCAAAUGUAUUGGGAUUUUGUAAAUAUUCCAUGUAUGGACAAUUAUCACUGUAUCAAAGAGAACCUUUACUUGAAGGUUAUAUGAAUACAGUUUAUAAUAAUUCAAUUAUCAAUAAUGAACAGCAUAAUCUCAAAGAUAUUCAAUUGGAAACAGUUCAAAAGUUCUUAAAUAAACGACAUAUAACAUUAAAAAUUGAUCCAAAAUAUGAAACUUGGAUACCGGGUUCUGCAAAUUUCUUAAAUCCAUUAGUGCUAAAUUUAACCUUGUUAUAUAAACCAAACAAAGUAUGGUAUCCUUUUUUUUGUAAAUGCGUUCAUUUGUUUUUUUGUUUUUUUAAAUGUUGGCUAAUUUAAAAAGACAGUUCAUUAGGGCAGCUGAAGAUGAUCUACAGAGAACCUCGAUGAAAUUAGGUUUCGUGCUAAAUGAUACUUGCAAAAACAAGUUUUCUUUACACUCUUAAUCGAACUGAUAAUCCUUAAAAGGUUCAAACUGUCAUCGUCUAGUUUCAUAUUCCAGAAUGUGACAAAUUUCAUAUACAACAUAGUAAUAGUCAUUUCUUUGUAACCAAUGAGUUAUCAACUACUCAAAAACUCAUCAAUUAUUGAUUCAUAUAAUCAAGUACACUUUUAUAUAGUUGACUCCUCUUCAUAUUCCGUUUAUUCAAAGGGGAGUAUAUGGAACAGGGUUCAAACAUGCCAAAGGUAAAUUGAAAUUCAAGUGUUUUAGUCACUAAACCACUGUACUACUCAUAAAUGACAUUGGAGUUGUUGAAAUACUAAAAGAAAACAAGAUUUCGCAAAAGAAUUUAAAUCAUGAUCAGUUCUUUAUCAACUGAAUUGUAAUAUUCGGACGUGGGCUGUUCCUUAUCAAUCUAUCACAAUAUACUGAAUUACAAGUAUUAAACUACUUAGUUUGUUAGUAGUAGUCUGUUUUCUUAUUUGAUAGAGAUCAAAUUGUUUAUACAAUAAUUUCUAGAUGGAGAUUUUUACAAUUCACUUGAUAUUUUCAGUUAACACAUUAUAAGCUAUCACGAUUUCACUUAAUCUGCGAACGAUAAACAAGACUCGAUGACCAAAGACCAGUAAGGUAGUUAUUGAUACGCCGCAGCCCCGCUAACUAGAGUGAGAAGUCCAAGCUUGGAAUGAGAAAGUAUAUUCUGCAAACAGUCAGAAACGAGCGAUCACAACAAACACAAUUCAAAACGUAUAUAUAUACAGUACAAAACAGUCCUUGGGGAGAGUUACCAAAUAGCAUACUAAAAGACGCAACGGACCAAUAACAUUUAAGAUAUUUCCCAACUGGGAAAUACGAUAUGAAGGUGACAAGAGCACCUUUAGCGCGAAAACAAAAAAAUUCAAAUUUUCUAAAUAAAAUUACAAAAUGAGGUCCUUUCCCAAGUGAGUUUUGGGGAUCUAACGUCCCCAACAGUUAUACUGGUCGAUGUGGGUCCCGGUAAGUCCCAAAAAGGAGCACCCAUCAAGAUUAGAAAUAAAUCUUCCUGGAAAAUCCCAUCAAACACCUAACAUCUCUUAGUCUUUUCAGUUUUUUUUAUAUGUGCAACUGAUUUCUAUAGUAUUAGUCCAUUUUAUAGGUGAAUACUAUUUAAGAUUUCGUAAUCAGCUUUGUUUAUGACUCUAUAAUCACGAUCUAAUUAAGCGUAAAAGCCUCGAAACUAAAUGGUAAGACUUAUCUUAAACUGAGUUAAAAAGUUUGAGCAAUGAAAUGUCUGAGUUUAAUUACUCUAUCGAAGACAUACUCAAACAACAGUUAAUGAUAAUAAACGAAGUAGUAAGUUUAGAAAGUAGCUAAUUGGCUCAAUAUUGAUAAAGCUUCAAAGAGUACAGUAAUUAAAGAAUAUCAGAUGAAGGAGAAAGUGAUACUAUUACAAAUGGAAAGAUACUGCUUAGCUCAUUUAAGUGGUUGAGUAUAACAUACCUACUGAUUAUUAAUAAGUAGCAUAAUAGGGUACCUCAAAAACUUAAAGAUUAAAUCAGUCUUCCAAGAAUGGAUGAAGUUUUUCGAUUGAUUGAAAAUCUCUCCAACUAAUAUCUUACAAAUACUCAUUUCAUCUAGUAACAAUUGUGGAAACGGACAUAUCGCAUUAAUGUUCCUGCAAUUCUGACCUAUUUUAUUCUUUAGUGAAUCUAGUAUUUCUUUGAAAGCUAUACAGAUCUCAAAAAUGAUGUUAAGAGUGAGAGGGGGGUGGAGUUACACAAUUGUCAAUCUCCUGUGUUGAUAAAAACAUAGAACAUAUGUAGUCCUUUUUGGCUUACAAUCAUCAAUUCACUGUUUAAAUGAUUGUUAACGAAGUGACUUUAAAAAGAACCAUCCAUUACAUGAUUCAAGCAGAACUUUUAUAACGAACUGUUAGAAUGUUAAAGUAUAAAGGUAUUGAAGAAAUUGACCUCCUAGAAUUUCAGUUAGUUUAUCUGUUGAACGUAGCUGCCCUCAAUUCCUACAAAAGAACCUAUGAAGUGUUAAUCACAAAUUGGUCAAAUAGUAAGUACGCGUUACAAGCUAAUUUCUGGCUUCCUUUCCUAAAGAACGAAGCAUAAAAUGUUAAUCGAAUAUAUGGCUUAUAUAUGUAUAACAGUGUACAGAUAUUUCUCGAUCCAUGUUAGUCAAUAAAGCUUUCAUCUCAUUCAAUCAACCUGUUAGAUUUGCAUAUCAAAAGCAUGUAUAUCAAUAUCAACAUUGAAUAUAAGAAAGUACAACAGUUUCGUCUAAGAAUCUCCAAAAUAAAAUGUUGUUUUAUUUUUCUACCAGGAUAUAGCUUAUAUUUGAUUUGAUUUCAAUCAUCAAUGAAAUGAUUUUCCUUAACCUAGUUACUUCUUUCCAUCCACCCCUCUCCCUACCCCCUCUCUUUAUUUCUUUGAAUACAUUUAUAAUCAUCAUCAUCUUAAAUAAGGUCACAUCCAAAUCUAUUUCAUAUGUUAUGGUGGGGAUGGAUACAAUAUUUUCCUAUUUUAUUAUUUAGUCUUUUUAUAGGUGAUCGAAUAAAAGCAUUUGUUUAUGGACAUCAUUUAAUUCAUGGAUUUAUUAUGAAAUAUGAUAAGAUUUUAUAUAAACAAUAACUGUGUUACCCACUCACCCCCUCUAUCUCUAUCUCUAUCUCUCUUGUUACUAUGCCAAAUUGAAAUCAUAAUAGUCAAGAAUGGAAGUAGUAUUGUUUUUUCAUUGCAAAAUCAUUUGUACUAUAUAUUGUUUAAAUAGUUAAAUCUUUGUAUUUAUAUGCGAAUUGUUUUAUUCAACGUCUUUUUCACUUAAAC